AUGGCUGCUUAUAGCAAUUGCUCAAUCCUCUUCGCGAUCAUAGCAUUAUUAUCCUUAUCAAGCAUCACCACAAAUCAUGCUGCUCGUAGCCUACUACAACUUCCCAAUUUGCCUACGAUCCCCUCGUUGCCUAAACCAACAAUGCCACAAUUGCCUAAUAUUCCCAAUUUGCCUACGAUCCCCUCGUUGCCUAAACCAACAAUGCCACAAUUGCCUAAUAUUCCCAAUUUUCCUGCAGCAUUGCCAACACUUCCAACAGCAACACCAUUACCAUCUCUGCCAACAUUGCCCUCUGUUCCAAAGAUGACUCUGCCACCAAUGCCUUCACUUCCCAACAUGCCUGCGAUCCCAACUAUUCCAACACUUUCACCUCCUCCAUCCAACUAA